AUGAGCAUCGUUAGAGAGCUGAUUGCUCCAAUGGAUGUAGGCCGGUGUGUGGGCAUCCAGAUAACCAACAACACCAGAGAUGUGACCCUCGAGUGCCCCAGGACUUACUGUUUCAGCGGCUGGGCCAUGAUAGAGCCUGUGUCCCGCAUCCCCCCCGGCUCUGCGGGGAGCAGCGUGUUUGUGAAAACAAGCUACACGGCCUGUGGGAGCGUCGGGGUGCUGAGCUACGAGUCUGACGUCUUCACCCUGGCCAUCAUGUUCUCCAACCCCUUCGACCGCCUACGCUACACCUCUGAGUUUGCCAUCCAGAUCUUCACUGGCAGGAAGCACUUCCACAGCAUGGAGCACCUCUACCACUACAUGUACUAUGACGGCCCUCCCUAUAUAUGCGAAUACUACCGGAAAGCAUAG